AUGUCGAAAAAAACUUUGCAAGAGUUUUUGGACACGUCUAUCCCGGACGGUAAAAAGGGCGUCCUGGACCUCAAAGCUCUACGAGGUCUACUGCUUGAAUUAAUAAACCGGCGUGGUGCUGAGAUGGAGAGAGCGGGCAGCGGGGUGACAGCGGCCAGGAUGGAGAGCGAGGGCAGCGGGAAGAGAGGGGACAGGAUGGAGACCGCGGACAGGAUGGAGAGAGCGGACAGGAUGGAGAGAGCGGACAGGAUGGAGACCGCGGACAGGAUGGAGACCGUGGACAGGAGAGAGACAGCGGACGUCGGCCGGGAUGAAGAUGAGUCGCAGCCGCUGAGCCUCUCCAUCUCGGACACGAGCAAGCAGUUGGAGAAGGCAGUGUCCAAGUCUACAAGUCUGAUGCAAAAAUCAGGAAGAGAAGAGAAUAAAGAGAAUCAGGAGCUCAAGGAGGACAUAAACAUGCUGAAGAAAGAAAUGGAGACACUCCAAAAUCAGCUUAAUCAGUGUGUGACUAUGGAAGACAUGCGAGCGGCUCUCGUCAUCGAGAGACAAAACAUGUUGAAGGAACUGAAAGACAGCAUCACUGACACCGGGUUCUCAGAUACAAGUAGAGGGAUUAAUGUCUCUCCUACCCUAAGAGACUCUUUGACAAACGUAUCUGAUGGAGCCCUGUCCCAGGUCUACAGUGGGGUUGAGCAGGACCCAGAGUCACCCAAAGCUCUGCUGGACGUAGUUCAACUAAAGGAGACGCAGAAGAGCCUGGAGGCUCGUGUGGUGCGCCUGGAAGGAGAAAUAGAAAAUAUGCUGGAGGAGUUUCAGGUGACAGUCAGCCAGGGCAGAGACAAUAUCAGUGGAUCGGAGCAGCAGCCUCAUCUGCAAACAGCUGACCUCAGGAAUGAAGUGCAGAGCCUGCAUGAGGAGCUCCAAAAUGUGAAGCAGGAAAUGCUGGCACUCAGCGAACAGAAGGAAAGCUCAGAGAAGGAAAUGCAGGAUGCACAGGAGGCUGUUCUGAAACUACAGGCUGAAUGUGAGAAGCUCCACAGAACCACCAACAAGCUGCUGAAGCAUCAGAAGCAGGGACAAAGUCAAACCCAGGAGCUGUACAAGAUUAUGAAGGAGCGGGAUGAGAAGAUGGCAGACAAGGAGAUCACAAAAAUUGUUGAAGACAUUAGAGCGGACAUGCAGACACUGGAGAACAAGGUCCUCCUGCAUGAUACAGCAGCAGCCAAGCUGAAGAAGAAGUUACGGGAUCUUUACUGCAACUUCUGUGACUAUAAGGAGACCUGUCAAAAUGCCAAUGAGAAGAUUUUCCAGGAUCUAGACUGCAAGAGAGUGUUUGACAAAGUUCAACUGCCUCUCCUGUGAUCGUCCUGUCAGCAUGAGUACUCCUGGACCAUCCAUUCCGGUAUUGCCUAAGCCUCCAAGUGUCCCCGCUCCAAAGUGCAACAGGAGGGUGAGGCAGUGGACUAACUUGGACAAGUCCGAUGAGAGAUCGUCUACAGAGGGGAGCGUGGAGCAAACCAGGGAGGAAGAGAGCUGUGGUUCUGAUGAGCGAGUCCACAAGGAAGUGAGACUGACCGUCACCCCCCCCAAAGAAGGCAAGAACAGUAAACAGGAGGACAAGGUCAACCACAGUCAGCUGCUGACAUCUAAAAGAAAAACGACUAAACGGCUGCUGCCAUUACGAGAGCAGCUUCCCAAGAUGGAGCUGCGUUGCACUGACUACAGUAAACAGGAGGACAAGGUCAACCACAGUCAGCUGCUGACAUCUAGCAGAAAAACGACUAAACGGCUGCUGCCAUUACGAGAGCAGCUUCCCAAGA